GAAACGCCAAACCCAACUUCGAUUUCUCAAGCUCACAAACCGACCCAAUUUGAUUUGGUCGAAAUCGAGACCGUACCGGAACCGAGGGCAAGUAAUCAAGUAUGGUGAAGCCAUCAUCAACAGGUAGUGGUGGGUUGCUUAGCGCCGAAAGGAAGGACCACGCAGUUAAGGGAAGUAACGGAGGUUACAAGGGAGUUCGAAUGAGAAAAUGGGGAAAGUGGGUAGCCGAAGUCCGACUCCCGAAAAGCCGAGAUAGAAUCUGGUUGGGCUCCUACGACACGCCGGAUAAGGCUGCUAGAGCCUACGACGCAGCCGUUUUCUGCUUGCGUGGACCCUCGUGCAAGCUCAACUUUCCCACGACACCUCCGGAUAUUCCCUCGGCCGGAGACCUCACCCCUUCGCAGAUUCAGGCUGCGGCAGCUAGUUAUGCCCACCAGGUUCCAAUAGCGCCGGAGGAGGUACGGCCCGGGAGGACGAUGGUAGCCACGGCAGAGACUGCGGUGGUGGAUUCAGUGUCCAUGGCGGGUGGAUGCGAGAGGAUAGAAUCGUUGACGUUCUUGCCAGAAAAUAGAUACGUUUAUGACGGUUCAUCGUUUGAUGGGUUUCCGGCGAAUAAUUACUUCCCGGCGGAAGAAGAGAGAGGAGAUUCGGGGCCGGGGGUGGAGGAGACUGACACGGGCGGCGCCACAUUUUAUCAGUCGCCGUGGACCUUCUAAUCAUCAUUCUUUGGAGUGUCUAGUAGGCUAGUAGCCACUGGGCCCCAGUAGGAUCCACUAAAAGGAUAAUGAAAAGCUGAAGGGUUAUAGGGUUAUAGCGACCAAGUGAAUAGCAAGGGGUAACUUUGGCUGUUGGGGCCCAACAGCAUUGUUGAGACUGGGCAGUUCAGUUUUACGCAUAUAUUUUAAUUUUUAAUAAAAUAAA